GCGCCCCGAGCCUGCGACCCCGCGGACCCUCCCCUCGGCGCGCCGCCUCCGCAGCCGGGGCUCCGGCGUGACUCCCGGCCCGAGCCCCACUCCCGCGGGCGGCGCGUAGGGCGGCAAUCGGUGCCCUCUCGAGACCCACCGACUCCAGCACGGGUCGCACCGCCGCCGAGCUGCCUUCGGUGGGGCCCUCCCGAGGCCUCGGAGCGGGGACCAUGAAAGUGAGGUCGGCUGCCGGCGAUGGAGAUGCGUUGUGUGUUACAGAAGAGGAGCUGGCUGGUGACGAUGAGGACAUGCCAUCCUUCCCAUGCACGCAGGAGGGCCGGCCGGGGCCCCGCUGCAGCCGCUGCCAGAGGAACCUGUCUUUGCACACGUCUGUGCGGAUUCUUUACCUCUUCCUGGCCCUGCUCCUGGUGGCCGUGGCCGUGCUGGCCUCUCUGGUUUUCAGGAAAGUGGACUCCCUCUCAGAAGACAUCUCCUUGGCCCAGGCCAUUUAUGACAAGAAGCUUGUGUCUAUGCAGGAAAAUCUCCAAGGGCUGGAUCUGAAAGCUUCAAACAACUGCUCUUUCUGCUAUGAGGCUGGGCAGUUGGGGCAAGAGAUCAGGAAACUGCAGGAGGAGCUGGAGGGAAUUCAGAAGAUGCUUCUGGCUCAAGAGGUCCAGCUGGACCAGGCCUCCCAGACCCAGGAGCUGCUCUCCACCACCAGCGGACAGAUCUCCCAGGAAAUGGGCAGUUGUUCUUUCUCCAUCCACCAGGUCAACCAGUCUCUGGGGCUCUUCCUGGCCCAGGUGAAAGGUUGGCAGACCACCACAGCCGGCCUGGACCUCUCUCUGAAGGACCUCACCCAGGAGUGCUACGAUGUCAAGGCUGCAAUGCACCAGAUCAAUUUCACCGUGGGGCAGACUUCUGAGUGGAUCCAUGGGAUCCGGCGGAAGACGGACGAGGAGACCCUGACCCUUCAGAAGAUGGUCACCGACUGGCAGAACUACACGCGGCUCUUCAGCAGCCUGCGCACCACCUCAGCCAAGACGGGAGAAGCCGUCAAGAACAUCCAGGCAACCCUGGGGGUGUCGUCCCAGCGCAUCAGCCAGAAUGCCGAGAGCAUGCACGACCUGGUGCUGCAGGUCAUGGGCUUGCAGCUACAGCUGGAUAACAUCUCCUCCUUCCUGGAUGAUCACGAGGAGAACAUGCACGACUUGCAGUACCACACCCGCUAUGCCCAGAACCGCACGGUGGAGAGAUUUGAGACGCUCGAAGGCCGCAUGGCUUCCCACGAGAUCGAGAUCGGUACCAUCUUCACCAACAUCAACGCCACGGACAGCCACGUGUACAGCAUGCUCAAGUACCUGGAUGACGUGCGGCUCUCCUGCACGCUGGGCUUCCACACCCACGCCGAGGAGCUCUACUACCUGAACAAGUCCGUCUCCCUCAUGCUGGCCACCACCGAUCUGCUCCGUGAGCGCUUCGGCCUCCUCAGCGCCCGGCUGGACUUCAACGUCCGCAACCUGUCCAUGAUCGUGGAGGAGAUGAAGGCUGUGGACACGCAGCAUGGGGAAAUCCUGCGCAAUGUCACCAUCCUACGAGGUGCCCCCGGCCCUCCAGGACCAAGAGGACUCAAGGGAGACGUGGGCGUGAAAGGGCCCACUGGCAGCAGAGGACCAAAAGGAGACCCGGGCAGCUUGGGUCCCCCAGGGCCCCAGGGGCCUCAGGGGCAGCCCGGGGAUACCGGGCCGGUGGGAGAAAGGGGGCCAGUGGGCCUGCGAGGUUUCCCAGGACUCAAAGGCUCGAAGGGCAGCUUCGGAACCGGAGGCCCCAGAGGACAGCCAGGCCCCAAAGGGGACGUGGGGCCCCCAGGGCCUGAGGGGCCCACAGGGUCGCCUGGGCCAGAGGGGCCUCAAGGAAAACCAGGCAUCGCCGGGAAGACAGGGUCACCAGGCCAGCGGGGACCUGUAGGGCCUAAGGGUGAACCAGGGAUCCAGGGUCCCCCUGGCCUCCCUGGUCCCCCAGGCCCACCAGGAAGCCAGAGCCGCUACUGAGGAGGGGCCCAGUCCUGGACACUGCUGCACAGAAUGCAGGGCGCGCACUCGGGUGGAGCAAGAGCCCCCCAAAAAGCCACACCUACAGACAUUGUAGUCCUUUGACCCCCAAUGGGGUUCCCCUAGGCCUGCCUCUGCACCUCGGGGAGCCCCAGUAGCAACUGCCAUAGAAAGCACCCCUCACACAGUGCGCACACACACACACACACACACACACAUUGAUUUCCCUGCUGGCCGGGGGCUGACUGGGUGUCCCUGCCUGGGCAGGAGGAGAGGGCAGGCAGAGCCCCCUUUCCUGUGACUGAGCCAGCCAGGGAGGUGGCUACCUCAGGGGGAAGGUCUUGACUCUGAAUUGGUGCCCAAGGCCAGUCUUACCAGCCUCUUCAUACCCAUCCCAGCCAGCAAUUCCCUGAGGCUCCCAAGCGUUCAAAAGACCCAGGAAAACCUUGGCGGGAGAUCACAGCUCAAACUCUAGGGACAAGGUGGAUCUGACAACCACAAGCCCCUCCGGGUAACCAAGGGAGCAGAGUCCCGGGAGCUUCCAGGGCCUCACACAGGACUGAGCAACUCCACCCCGGGCCUCUGUUCUAGGACCCUGAGCGCUGCGCCCCCGGGAGUUCAGCCUUAUUUUCCACAUCUUCAGAAAAUUCCUGGCUUCACCAUUGCUCUCAGGAGCCUUAAGCAGAGUUUUAUCCACACCAGGACAUUCUCCAGGCCCUGGUACAUUCUGCCAAAGGGGAGCCCAUCACCCAGGAAGCUGGAAGGCUCGGUCAUUGGCCGCCUGCAAAGCUGCCUCUCUUGCUCCACCAGAGGCCCUGCUCCAACCCCAGGGGGCCCCUCUGGGGUGGCUGGGGGAGGCCAAUCCCUGGGGAUGACAGGCAGCUCUCCCUUCCCCCACCCGGACCCAGAACGGCCCAAGGCCUCUCUGCACUGGCAGCACGACCAGGUGAGCGGGAAGGACCACAGCCAAAGAGAUUCCCUUUGAGGUCCCCCCUCGCCCACCUCCAUCUUCCUGCACACGCUGGCAGCGAGGAGCACUGGGGACCCCCCCCCCCCACAACCACCAGCAGGGCAACUUGCAGCGAGGCUGCUCUUCCUUUGUGUUCUAACAGAUAAUGACCACCCCUGGGGUGGGGACCUGCAGCUGCCCCCUCCCCAACCCGACCCAGAGACCAGCCCCUUCCCCGUUCCAAAAGCCUUACCGACCCCCUUUCUUGUAAUAGAUGUGCAACUGGCUUGCACCCCUGCCGCCCCCACCGCCAUGUAGUUCUCUUGUCUACAUAUGCUAUCAUGUGACAUAGUAUCGCCCACUCAGUAAAGAGCUGUUUCCAGGA